ACUAUUAUUCAUCAUAUAUCCAAACACUAGUAUCUUGACCAACAAGACACACAGUAACUUGAACAAGGGGUUCCGUUCUCUUUUCUUGCUCUUUAGUUCUCUACUCCAUUCAUCCCAAAUUCAUUCGUUCAUUCAGAAAUCCAAUUUUAAAUUUCCACAUCGAUUCGAAUAGCAAUAUGAACAUCGCAAGAUCAAGCUCUGUGAAGAACCUUCAGCUACUACUAAAUCACCAGCUUCAUUCGACCCAUAUCAGAGCAAUCUCCACUGUAACUUCUUCUCUCAUUACAAAACAAAACUCCAAUCAGCUACCGCCACGUCAACUGUCCCCUUCCUUCACUUCCACUCCGGUCCGCACUUUUUUCAGUUCUAAAGACCCUUAUGCCAAGUAUUAUCUUCGGAAGCCAGUGAACUGGGGGAUUCGUAUAGUGCCUGAGAAGAAGGCGUAUGUAGUUGAGAGAUUUGGGAAAUAUGCGAAAACAUUGACUCCUGGAUUUCACCUUUUGGUCCCUUUCGUGGAUCGAAUUGCUUAUGCACAUUCGCUCAAGGAAGAAGCUAUUCCGAUACCUGACCAGACCGCCAUUACUAGAGACAAUGUCAGCAUUUCGAUUGAUGGCGUUCUCUAUGUCAAGACUGUGGAUCCAAAAUUGGCGUCCUAUGGAGUUGAGAAUCCAUUGUAUGCUGUUAUUCAACUAGCACAGACGACUAUGCGCAGUGAGCUUGGUAAGAUCACUCUCGACAAGACCUUUGAGGAAAGGGAUACUUUGAAUGAGAAGAUAGUGUUGGCCAUUAAUGAUGCUGCAAAAGACUGGGGAUUGAAAUGUCUCCGUUAUGAAAUAAGGGAUAUAUCUCCUCCUAUAGGGGUUAGGGCAGCUAUGGAGAUGCAGGCUGAAGCUGAACGUAAGAAAAGGGCGCAAGUUCUUGAGUCAGAAGGAGAGAGGCAGGCAAAUAUAAACAUCGCUGAUGGAAGGAAGAGUUCGGUAAUCCUUGCCUCAGAAGCUGCAAAGAUGGACCAGGUCAACAGAGCACAAGGUGAAGCUGAAGCAAUACUCUCUCGAGCACAAGCUACAGCAAAAGGAAUUGCCUUAGUGUCGCGAACCCUUAAAGAGCAUGGAGGUGCAGAGGCAGCGAACUUGAGGAUUGCAGAGCAAUAUGUCCAAGCCUUCAGUAAGGUUGCAAAGGAGGGCACAACACUCUUGCUUCCUACUAGUGUUUCUGAUCCUGCCAGCAUGGUGGCUCAAGCUCUGAACAUAUACAAAAACUUAACGACCAAGAAUGAAGGCAUUGAGCUUCCAAAGUCCUCUCAAGCUGAGUUGAAGCAGAGUGAUUCAUCUACAGUAAUCAUGGAUGACUUUAUUACUGGUGAAUUGACUGAUGAAGACGACAAGAAGGAUCAUUGAGUGCUUUGUAAGCCUCAUCUAUAUUAUCUAGCUUUACGGACAUCUAUAGCCUGAGUAGAUCUGGUCAGUGAUAGGAUUCCUUUUCUUUUAAUAUGCAAUUGCUUCUACCAUUGUUCCAGUGAUUUGUAUUAUUGAGAGUGGAUGCAAAAUUACAUGAUUUUGGGAACA